UGUAUAUGAGCGCAGGCGGCGGGCUCACGCUCCUCUUUUACCGCCAUCCGAGCGGAGUCUUUUUCCUCCGCCCCUCUUCGGAACGACUCACUGCGCAGCGCCCGCCUCACCAGCAGCACCCGCAGCCGGCUACAUAGCUACGCAUCGCUUGAAACUCAGCUGAGAUGGCAGACGUUGACAACAAAGACCAAGCUACGGUUGACCCGGCAGAUAUGGAAGAUAUGGAAGAAGUGGAAGAGGAGGAGACUGUAGAAAAUUCAAAAAGCAAAGCUCGUCAGCUGACGGAGCAGCUUAUGCAGAAUCCACAGAUCCUGGCUGCGCUCCAGGAAGGCCUCGACGGCCUCAACGGUUCACCAUCAGGGUACAUCGAGAGUUUACCAAAGGUUGUGAAGCGACGUAUCAACGCCCUGAAGAACCUGCAGGUGAAGUGCGCCCACAUUGAGGCCAAGUUCUACGAGGACGUCCACGAACUGGAGAGAAAGUACGCCGCCCUUUACCAGCCCCUCUUCGACAAAAGAAGUGACAUUGUCAAAGCAGCUUAUGAGCCCACAGAUGAGGAAUGCAAGUGGAAAGCAGACGAGGAGGAAGAGUUGACAGUAAGUAAGCAGGAUGAGAUGAAGGAGAAGGCUAAGCUAGAGGAAGAGAAGAAAGAUGAGGAGAAGGAGGACCCCAAAGGCAUCCCGGAGUUCUGGUUAACAGUGUUUAAAAACGUGGACCUCCUCAGUGACAUGCUGCAGGAGCAUGACGAGCCCAUCCUCAAACAUUUACAAGAUAUCAAAGUGAAAUACUCAGAUCCAGGGCAACCCAUGAGCUUUGGUUUAGAGUUCCACUUUGAGCCCAACGACUUUUUCACAAACACAGUGUUGACGAAAACCUACAAAAUGAGGUCAGAGCCCGACGAGAACGAUCCUUUCUCCUUUGACGGACCUGAAAUCAUUUCAUGCACGGGUUCCACGAUCGACUGGACAAAGGGCAAGAACGUCACGUUGAAAACCAUCAAGAAGAAGCAGAAGCACAAGGGCCGAGGCACAGUCCGGACCGUCACCAAAACAGUCCCCAACGACUCCUUUUUUAAUUUCUUCACGCCACCGGACGUCCCUGAAAAUGGAGAGUUGGAUGAGGAUUCCGAGGCAGUCCUGACAGCCGACUUUGAGAUCGGCCACUUCAUCCGUGAGCGCAUCGUUCCCCGGGCCGUGUUGUACUUCACGGGAGAGGCCAUUGAGGAUGACGAUGACGACUACGAUGAGGAGGGGGAGGAGGCCGACGACGAGGAAGGCGAGGAGGAAGCCGACGAGGAGAACGAUCCCGACUACGAUCCCAAGGUUUAAGUGGUGACAGUAGAAAAAUAACCCUGUCCCGAAGGACGCGGCCUCUCCAGCUGAGUGCAAGUCUCAGUGAAGUGUGGCCUCGCUGCCUCCAGGAUCCAACUGCACUGUUAACAACUUCAUUUAAAAAAAAAAAAAAAACGGGGGAAAACGUACAUAUAUAAAUAUAUAUAUUACAAAAAAAAGAACUAGUAACUUACCGCCUUAUAAUGUUUUUGUAUUUUUCUUGGUAGACAAUUUGAAGGUUUCAAGGUUUUCUUUACAAAAGAACCUCAAUACAAACACGGUAACAAUACUUUGAGCCGUGUGGCUCGUUAUAUAGUAUUUUACUAAACCUGUUUUUCUUCUCUGUACAUUAGAAAGGAUAAAAAAAAAAAAGCAUGAUCUUCACCGCUAAACUAGUUCUUGUGAAGUCUUUUUGUGGUAUUUGCUCUUAGACAACAGCUGUGAUUGCAACCAGAUCAAACUACACCCCCCCCCCCCCCUUAUCCUUCAUAUAGCGCUUCGGCUGUACAGUUCUUACUCCUCUACCAAAACAUUCCAGUAAACAACACAAUUGGGGUCCAUUGGUGAAACACUCAAGGAAUUUAACAAAAACCAGGGUAUGAAACUAACUAUUACAAGGGUCCACCAUUUUGUGCUUCAGGCGUCGCCCCCCUUAGGACUUAACAAGCGAACUGGUCUCUUUUUUUUUUUUUUUUGGCACUUGGUAGCACUCUACAUCUCACUUGCCUCCCGCAUCGCUAGUUACUGACGACAGAACUCGUUUUGAUCACUGUGAAUGAAAGCGAGGGGAAUGUGCGGCAAGUAAACCCUACCUGCCCCUCAUGUGGCCCUCCUCUCUACCUUACUUCAUCCAUCCCACUGUUAUUAGUGUACCCACUAAAAGGCCACAGGAGCAAUAUACAAAACCAGGAGGGCAACUAUUUCCGUUGCUAAAAUGGCAAAUUUUGCCUGGACAGUAGCUGUUGUCUGGGCAAAUCGCUAUGCUACAAACAAAAAUACUGUACUCAAUUAUUGUAUGUGUAUGUUCAUGAUUAAAUCCGUUAAACAUGACCAAAA